AUGACCGAAAUUUUCGAGGGCUUUUCUGGAAAUCCUGAUGACUCCGGCCUGGGUUCGAUGCGCCUGACGGGUUCCGGGUCCUCGUCGACCCAAGUGGCCUCCCGGCUCUACAGCGGGAGGAACAGCAACGGUGUCCCGUCGAGGAGAGAUUCCGGCUCGUUCGGCAGCGACCCAGAGCUGAUAACGUUCAGCGAUAGCGACGAACUGUCAGCCCAGGUAUCGACAAUCUCGAAGCGGCUCAAUGAAAUGGAGGAGAACCACUCGGUGACCAACGAGGAGCGAACACGGCUGAAGCUCGAGAAUGCCGUCCUUAACGAGCGCAUUCAUGUGCUUGAAGAGCAGUUGAUGAUCACGGAACAAAGGUUUCAAGAAAAACUCGAUGAGGAACGACAGCGGAACCGUGAUAUCAAUGGCCGUAUGGAGCGAGAAAAGCAGUUGGAAAACGAGAGUGCUCAGCUUAAAUAUCAAGUGCUCGAGAAGGACUUCAUCCAGAUGAAAAGGGAACGCGACAAGCUUGCCGAAGAGUCUCGCCUCCACAAAGACUCCGUGGAAAAAUUGAAAGACGAACUGGCUUCGGCUCAUUUGACGGCAGAAGACCUCGAAAACGAGCGGAUUCGUCUGGAGCGUGAAUAUCGCAAGUUCAAACAAGAGACCCAGCACGAAAUUGACUCCUCCAGCGAAAUGGUCGAAGAAUUGAGCCGGCAAACGGAAGAACUUCGAUCUCGCGCCUCGAUGCCAAGAGCGGGCAGCAUUGCCGAGCAGAUGGUCGAGCUUGAAGAAGAGGUUGCUCGUUUGAGGGCCGAGUGCCGCGAAUUGCGCCAAAACAACAACGACCUCCAGGCGCAAAUGUUGCACGACAGCGUCGAACGCGGGCAGAGCCUCCUCCAGGACGGCAUGGGCCUUUCCCUGGCCGACGAGCUGCACGGCAAGGAUACAACGGAGCUGGUCAACGCGCUCCGCGAGCAAGAAAUCUGCAACCAGAAGCUCCGUGUCUACAUCAACGGGAUAUUGGGACGGGUCAUUGAGCGACACCCCGAGAUCCUGGAGAUCAAGGAGCACAUGGAAAGC